CACUUAUCUAUCAGCUUUUCCUCUUUCUCUAGGGGUGUUCAGCUGACCCAAAAUAUUGGGGGGCAGAUCCCAGCCUGUCCUUCUAAAACAGUUUUCUUGUGCAACACCCAAGUUGGAGGCAAGACAAUUGGGGUAUGCCAUUGGGGCAAGCACUGGUAAAACGCCGGUAAAAGGAAGCGCAUCUGUGUGAAAGCCUGAUGUGCUUUCUAAACAUCCUCUCACCUCCAGCAUCUGAAACGUUCAUGGAGUAGCCGUUUCCCAUUAAUACAAAAUGUCUGUUCAUAGGAAAUGGCUGCUCCCCAAACUAAUCAAGGAUGCUGAAGGCGAGGGGACGAUUCCCUGACGUUUAGGAACCGCAUCAGGCUUUCACACACAUGCGCUUCCUAAAUGUUUUACUGGUAUUUUACCCCACGGUAAGCGCUGGUAUGAAAAUCUUUGAUGUCUCAACAUUUAAGCCACAUGCAAGCUAUGGUGAUCUCUUGGCAGACUUCCUCACUGCCUGUGCUGUUUUUCCGAUGCACAAUUUUGUACGUUCUACCUUUUUUGGGGGAAACACCCGCUUUGCCACCAUUGCUACUCACUGGUAUUAGGGCCUGUUCAGAAACUUCCCUUCUCUCACAAACCAUUCACUUUUUCUCCUCCUAGUUGUAUCUUAAAUCUGGCCCUGGGGGUCGUUUUGGUGAUGCUGAGGAUGGCAUUGGGGUGGAUGUUGGAGCAGUAAGUCCCUCGUGUGCCUAAAUGUUGCUUCCCAAAGUUGUGCUGGUUGCUUUGAACAAAACCGUCCCAAAUCCUCUGGGAAGUUGGGAUUUUGUGCCUUUGCUAGCCAUGCACAGAAUUAUUUAUUUGGGGGGAAAGGUAGCUCAUACACUCGGUGGCAAGGGAAUGUUGAAUACGCUGCCCCUGUCCGCAUAGAGGGAUAUGUCCGUAUGGGCUGCCCAUGUUCCCCGAGGGUAGUUUUUUGCUCAUACCUAUUCAGAAAAUCAUAGUUUUUAGAUCGUACCUAUUCUAAAAUGUGGAAAUAAUUUGUUUGGGAGAAGACAGGGCACAGAAGUGGGCUCAAGGGGGCAUUCUGUUCAUUGCCAUGUUUGGGGUAGGCCUUUAUUGGAUUCAGGUCUUGGUUAGAACUUGGGGAGGUUAAUGUCCAAACGUCUUCCAAGCUUUUCCAUUUCGGUGCAGCUACCUCUCCCAGUUGUGGAGAUAUAGGUCCUAUAUAGGAACGUUGCAGGAAAAAAUGGGAAGAUGAAUCGAUUUUGUCUUUCCGGAGAGAAAAGUUUGUGAGCGUAGACCUCCGAAUGCAAGUCAUCAAUGGGCGAGAGGGACUGAUAACUAUAUUUUUCUCUCUGCCAGAAGCAUACGAAAGGAAAAUGGGUCUGUGUCUUAAGAUGGGAAGUUGGAAUGCAACCACCUUUCCAUUCAAAGCCACCUUUGGACCUUAACUAAUAACGCUGGAGGGAACAAAAAAGUGCAUUUGGUCCCAAGGGUGGAGGGGCUGUUAAAUAUUCCACCUGCGUCCUUUCCAUUAAAGUUUAUUCUGAUGUUUGCUGCUGCUGCUGCUGCCUAUCUUUGCUUUUGUAUUUUGAUUCUCUUUCUCUGGUGCCCAAUCUGGAUGGACUGUGGCCGGCCCUCUGCAUUUGCGGCUUUGACUUGAUUUAUUUGUGGCUUUGAUGAAUAGGUUCCCUCUAGCAACGGUUCUUUUAUUCUCGGGAUAAUGGCGGUGACGUGUGGGAAAGAAUCACCCCGUUGUUGGGCGAUAUUGAUGGGAAUCGAUGGCGAUUUAAUGACGGGAAGAGAACGCUUGCUUCUGCGGAGAGCUUAUGCGUUUGGCGCUGACUUUGUGACUUAAGUGAAAUGUGACUUUGGAGGAAAGUGAAACCCUUUUCUGACGCUUGUUGGAAAUGGUUUCCCGAUUGCAACCCGGCGAUGAUGGCCCUUGGCUUCCAGGAAUGCCAAGGCUGCCAAAGGAUGGGCGUCUUCAUCGGGGCUGCCUUUCCCUUCUCUGGUUUAGAGAAGAGGCUUCCUCUGGAACCCAGAGCCUGCCAGGAGCGUGUGAGCUUCCCUUGGACCCGUUCCCAGCAUUCUUGCGAGGAUAUUUCCCCUCCGCGUCCAUCACUCACACUGACAAGCCGAACCCAAGGGAGUACGAAACAGGAAUGAGGGAGAAGGAAUGGGAGGAGAGCAGUUAAAAAUGUGCGCAUGGAGGGGGCUUUGGUCACACCUGUCCAGAGGUUCGGUGCGCAGGGAGAACGACAACGGCAAAAAGAUAAAACCUCUUGUUUCUUAUAUGAAACUACAGUUGCUCAUUGCUCACAGCUGGGUGUUUUAGAGAAGGUGCCAUGGAUAGUAGGCCUGAUUCCAUGUCCAUUCUUCCCAUUCUUUGCGGGGGCCUCCUCCUCCUCUGUUUGGAACGGAGUCCGAGGAAGGAAACUCCCAAAUGUUUUUGGCCUUCCUAGCAGCUGGCAGUCCAUGGCUGUGCAAAGGGGAGAGAGGUGUGGCAAGCAUGAUGCGCACCAUUGCGCAUAACCGAAAUGUAUGUGUGUGUGUUUUCCAAAGGGAGGAAAAGAAAGGCACGGCUGGCCUCUGCUGGUUAAAUGCAAGCUCUGCUCAUUGCUGUUCUAUUUCCAAGAGGAGGGCGGUGAAGGAGCCAUUAUUAGUAGUGUUAUUGUUAUCAUCAUCAUUAGUUCAUCCUAAGAGUUCCACAAUUUUAUUUCCAGGUGAAGGUGGAGCUGGUAUUCUUAUCAUCAUCAUCAUCAUCAUCAUUCCGCUGUGUUAUUUCCAGGGAGAUUAGGAGCCACUCAAUGCCAAUGAUGCAACGCCGUGCCUUUCCUAUAACAUCAACCUUUUUUGCGGAGGUUGCGCAAGGCGCACGCCGGUUUGCGGGUCUCAUUGUCGUUCCCUGUCCCAUGCCAUCCUCCAAGGCUGAGAGCAUGUGACCCUGCGUCAGGAGGAAGCCUCUCCGUUGGCCGCAAAGGCGAAACAGCUGCGUCUCCGCCGGGACGACUUUGAGAUUUUGAAAGUGAUUGGGCGAGGUGCCUUUGGAGAGGUUGCAGUUGUGAAGAUGAAGGAGACAGAGAAGGUCUACGCCAUGAAAAUUCUGCAUAAGUGGGAAAUGCUGAAGAGAGCGGAGACGGCUUGCUUUCGGGAGGAGCGCGACGUCUUGGUUCAUGGGGACAGGCAAUGGAUCACCACUUUGCACUACGCCUUCCAAGAUGACCAUUACCUGUACCUAGUCAUGGACUAUUACGCCGGUGGAGACCUGCUCACCCUCCUCAGCAAAUUUGAGGACCGUCUUCCCGAAGACAUGGCUUGCUUCUACCUGGCAGAAAUGGUCCUGGCCAUCCACUCCCUCCACCAGCUCCAAUACGUCCACAGGGACAUCAAACCAGACAACAUCCUCAUUGAUACGAACGGACACAUCCGCCUGGCCGAUUUCGGGUCCUGCCUACACCUGAGUCCGGACGGCACGGUGGUGUCUUCGGUGGCGGUGGGGACCCCGGAUUAUAUCUCCCCGGAGAUCCUGCAAGCGAUGGAGGACCGGAAAGGGAAAUACGGCCCCGAAUGCGACUGGUGGUCCCUGGGGGUCUGCAUGUACGAGCUGCUCUUUGGGGAGACCCCUUUCUACGCUGAGUCCCUGGUGGAAACGUACGGCAAGAUCAUGAACCACGAGGACCACUUGCAGUUCCCUCCAGACAUCACCGAUGUCUCUGAAGACGCCAAGGACCUGAUCCGGGGGCUUCUGUGCCGCCAGGAGCUCCGCUUGGGCCAGAAAGGGAUCAACGACUUCAAGUGCCACCCGUUCUUUAAGGGCAUCGACUGGGACAACAUCCGCCAGAGCCCUCCGCCCUUCAUGCCCGAAGUUGCCAGCCCGGCUGACACCUCCAACUUCGAUGUCGAUGAUGACACGCUCAAGGAAUUGGAGACCCUUCCGCCUGUAUCUCAUGCCGCUUUCUCUGGCCACCAUUUGCCAUUCGUUGGAUUUACGUUCACCUCUGGAAGCCCCCUCGCUGAGACAAACCCAGCCUCCCCUUCUGGCAACUCCAGCGCCGCGCGGCUGGAAAAAAAGAUCCGCUGCCUGGAACGCGAGAAGAUGGAGCUGAGCCGAAAAUUGCAAGAUUCGCUGCCGAAAGCCUCAUCCAAGAUUGCAGCGAAAGACAUGGAGAUCAAGAGCCUCCAGAACGAAAUGGCGGCUUUGCGGAAACAGCUGGAAGACAACCAGCUGGAGAGCGACAAGGUCCAAAGGCAGCAACUGGACCGAGUGGCAUCCGGGCAACUGAAGGCUUUGGAAGAGCGGGUGAAGUUUUUGGAACAAGAGAAGAACGAAGCACUCCAGGAUCUUGCCGAAGCCCAAGAGCAGCUCCGGAGUCAGGCGUGGGAGCUCCAGGAAGAGCAGUUGCGGCAAAAGGAGACCUCCGAAGAGCUGCAGAGCGCCGAGGCGAAAUGCGGAGAGCUGCAGGCCCAGCUGCUGCGACAUUCCCGGCAGCUGCGCGAACGACAGGAGGAGACGGAAGCGGCGGCGCGGAGGGUGGAAGGGCUGCGCAAGGAGCUGGCGCGCUCUGAGAGUGGGCGCAAAGAGCUGGAGUCUCGCAUCGAGGGCCUGAUGAACGAAGUGUCCAAACAGCGGAAGGGGAAGGAGAGAACGGAGCAGCAGCUGCGGAGGAUGAAACAGGAGCUGGAGGAGCUAAAGGCAAGGCAGAGCGCGGCCCUCUUUCGCGGCUCUGGUUCCAGGCGGUCCGUGGAUGCGUCCUGUAACCCCAAGGAAGAGAUUCGAGGUCUGCGGGAAGCGCUCCGGUUGAAGGAGAAGCAGCAAGAGAUGCUACAGGCGGAGCUGGCUCGCCUCCGGGAAGAGCUGGGGAGAACCAGGAUGGAAAGACGGGAAAACCUCGACCUGAAAGAAAAGGACAAAGAGGGAACCCAUUUGCCAUUCCUGGAGAACCGCAGAGCCCCGAACUUCGGCGAUGAGGUGGACGCGCUCGCCGUGGAUGACUCACGCCUCGAUCCAUCUCUGAGCGCCACGGAGACCAGUAAAGCAGCCUUCGCCAACUGGGAGAUGCAGAUUGCCGACAUUUUGCGCUGGGUGAGCGACGAGAAAGAAUCCAGGGGUUACCUGCAAGCUAUGGCCAACCGCAUGAUGGAGGAGGUGGAAACGCUCAAACAGACGGGCGCGCAGAGUCCGGGACCAAAAACUCCGGACACUCUCUGGAAAGCCCGGCGUUUGCAAAAAUUGGAGGCUUCGGCUAAGUUGGAGCUGCAGUCGGCGCUGGAGGCCGAGAUCCGAGCCAAGCAAGACGUCCAGGAGCAGCUCGAUAAGCUGAAAGUGGCGCAUCUGGCGAUCGAACGCCAGUUGCAGGAGGCAGAGAAGGAGAACCGGACUUUGCGCCUGGAGCUGGAAAAGACCAAAGGGGAGCUGAAAGCCCAGUCGCUGGAAGGCACCAAGAACCAAGGACCUCUGAUCCCUUUCCUUUCCUUCCGGAGCUCAAGCAAGGACGCCAUUGCUUUUGGGGGUUCCUCAGACCCCCCAGAUGUCCGAAAACCCACGGAGGAGGUUCAACUCCAUGGCGAAGGGAGGAGAAGCCUGCGCUCCAAUGCCUCCGCAUCUCCAUCCCAGGUAGGAGCAACCGCCACGGAAAACUCACCUGGAUCUUUUAAGCCCAAAUUGCACGCCUUCAAAACGCACAGCUUCUCCACCCCAACCAAGUGCAUGCGCUGCACGUCGCUCCUGGUGGGCUUGGUCCGGCAGGGUUUGGUUUGCGAGGCCUGCAACUUUGUCUGCCAUGUCUCCUGCGCCGGAGGAGCCUCCAUCUGCCCCAUGCCCCCCGAACAGCUCCAGAAAACCUUGGGGGUCAACCCUGCCAACGGGACGGGCACCGCCUUCGAAGGAUUCCUCUCGGUGCCCAAACCGUCCGGGGUGAAGAAAGGCUGGCAAAAAGCAUUUGUGGUUGUUAGCGACUUCAAGAUUUUCCUGUUUGAUGUGCCGGAAGGGAAGACAUCGCAGUGCGACGUGGCGGCCAUGCAUGUCACAGACAUGAGGGAUGACCAGUUCUCCGUGGGUCCGGUCCUGGCUUCAGACGUCAUACAUGCCAACAGCAAAGACGUGCCCUGUAUAUUUCGGGUGACGGCCACCCAACUGGGCUCUCCACCCACCACCAGUUCCAUGCUCUUCUUGGCCGACAGCGAAGCCGAGAUGCGGAAAUGGGUGCAAGUGUUGACCGAGCUGCACCACAUCCUCCAGGAGAAUCGACACCACGACCGCGCCGUCUACGUACUUAAGGAGGCGUACGACAACGGGCUCCCUUUCGUCCCUCAUGCGCUUUCGGCUGCCAUCAUAGACCGGGAGAGGAUCGCUCUGGGUACGGAAGAUGGCCUCUUCUUGAUUCAUCUUCGGACAAACGAUGUGCUGCAGGUGGGGGACUGUCGGCGGGUGCAACUCCUCCUGGUCUCCCCACAAGCCCAGCUCCUCUCGGUGCUCUGCGGCAAGAACCACGGCGUCCGCAUCUUCUCCUGGUCUGAGCUGGAGACCCCCGAGGCCCCGGGGACCAAACUGAUGGAGGUGAAGGGCUGCCAGGCCGUGGCCGUGGGGCUGAUCUGCCGCAACACCACCCCGGUCCUUUGCGUGGCUUGCAAGCGCCAAGUCCUCUGCUUCCAGCUGACGGCGACGCGUCCUCCCCACCGCCGCAUCAAGGAGAUCCAAGCCCAGGGCUACGUCCAGUGCUUGGAUGUUCUGGGCGACCGCCUUUGCGUGGGCUUCCCCUCCGGCUUCUCUCUCUACCCGCUGCUCAACGAGGGACCCCCGGUCCACUUGCCCCACGCCGAGGACCCCCGCGCCACGGCCGUGGCCCACAUGGAAGCCCUGAAGGCUGUGGAGGUCAGCCUGAGCGAGCUGAUCCUCUGCUUCAGCGGCUUCGGCCUCUACGUGGACAGCCAGGGCCGCCGCAGCCGUCCGCAGGAGCUGAUGUGGCCAGCGCACCCCCUCAGCUGCUGUUACAACGCUCCCUACUUAUCCGUAUUCAGUGAGAACGCAGUGGAUGUCUUUGACGUCCGGAAAGCUGAAUGGAUUCAGAGCAUCUCAUUGAAAAAGGUGCGAGCGCUGAAUCCCGAGGGCUCCCUUUGCACUUUUGGCAGCGAAAAGGUCCGUCUAACCUACCUGAGAAAUAAGGCGGCAGACCAGGAUGAGUUUGAAAUCCCUCAGAUGACAGAUAACAGCCGGCGGCACCUCAUGAGGACUAGGCACAAGCGGCGCUUUUCCUUCCGCAUCACCGAGGAGGAGCGGCAACUCCAGAGGCGGGAGAUGAUGCGGGACCCCAGCCUCCGUUCCAAGCUCAUCUCGGCCCCCAGCAACUUCAACCAUCUGGUCCAUGUGGGGCCCAGCCAGAGGCAUCAUAAACUGCAAGACCUCCAUGCAGCUCAGGAAGAGAAGGAACAGGAGGCCCAAGUGCGAAUGCGUUGCAGCAGCCUCUCGGAAACCCGGCGCCGUCCUUCGUCUUCGGGGAGCAAUAACACGGCUGCGGGAAGCGGUUCUUCCUUUUCAUCGUCCUCCUCCUUAAAGCACAAAUCAGGCAGCUCAAUGUCGGACGACUCCUUCACUUCUCCGCAGGGGCUUUUUCCAGGCAUCGGUGCGCCGGCAGAGGUCUCCGAUCCAAACUGUUCUCCAUGCGCAGGAAGCACCAGCUCCACAUGAUGCGAUGGGUCAGACGAUGUCGGUGCGGGUCUACGCCGCUGGCAAGCCAAUCUGUGAAGCCAUGCACACUUCUUCAGGGCCACCUCUGCCCAUCGACAAAGGAGGAGGCAAUAGCUGGCAUGAAGCGAGAAGGAAGGACCCCUUGCAUUUGGACCUUUAGGGCAGCUAUGGAGAAGGGCUGGACCCACCUUCGGGGCGCUGUGCCAACCUCCGUACCUGUCCACGCCGAGGAGGAGUCCGACCUCUCGCAUCUCAGGGAAAGCAGAAACCCGCCUUGAUCCUUCUGCUCUUGCACCCAUCGCUACCCAUCACUUUCCCCGGAUCGUCGCAACAACUGUCUCAGGGCCCUGUUUUUUGGCUGAAACACUUUUUAGGAACCUUCAGGUUUACUUCUAUUAUUAUUAUAAUUAUUUUUCUAAAGCUAAGCUAACGUCAAUAAUAUUUUUAAAGGGAGGGGACGCUGGCGGGGAACGGGACAGGAUUCCUUGAGCGCCAGCCUCCGGAAAUGGGCACAAUGGAUUCAUACGAGAAGGAAAGACAAAUCCCAUUUCUAAGCAUUAGGAAGGACUUCUUUGCUGUUUGAAUAAUGGACCGCCUCAGAGGGUUGUGGCAUCUCCUUCUUUGGAGGUCUUUAAACAGAUAUAAUAUAAUGCCAUCUAAUGCUCACCGAUGGCCCCAUCCUUUAUGAAUUUUGCAGCUACAUCUUGUGGCAGCGAGUCCCACAGUGUAAAGAAAGACUUCCUUUUUGUCCCUACUAUGGGUUCUAGUAUUACAAGGGACACACGUCUCAAAAAUGGGCAUAGCUGGCCAGCUGAAAGCUAGCAAUGAUGCCAUCCUCGCAACCAGAAAAUAACCAAAAAACCAUUAAAGGGUCUCAAAGUUGG